GACCGGAAGCCGCCGAAAAACAGGCGUUCUCAGAGGCUCAGUCGUAAAUGGUGUCCUACUCCCUAUAUAGUGCACUACGUAGGUGAUGAAAUGAAGGCUUCGCCAUCUUAAUAGUGCACUAGGAAGUCUAAUAGGGAGUCUUUUGGGACUGAACCCAGUUCUCCAGUCGGAUCUGUCUGUCCUGCGCGGUCAGUGAAUGCGAUACGAAACACGUCCAUGUCGCUAUGACACUCGGAGGGCUGUUCGACUGGACUGUCGUGGUGCUCACUUGUCAACACAAAGACAGCGUCUAUGCCUUCCAGAGAGAGUUGGAGAUACGGCAGCAGCGUGGGGUUUUGUCCCCCAGAGCACUGCUGCUCACCGUGUCUGACCCACAGGAGCGUCUCGGCAGUGGAGGAGCCACACUCAAUGCCCUACUGGUGGCUGCAGAGCACCUCAGUGCCAGAGCAGGAUAUACCGUGGUGACUGCAGACGUUCUGGAUGAUGCGCACAUUCUCAUUUUGCACACGGGCAGGGAUUUCCCCUGGGAUGGCUGCAGUAGGGCAUUCUGCUGGAUGCCUAUUGCGGCAACUGAGCAGAGUGUUGAAGGACCAGUUUGCUGCUUAGAUAUGUUACUAGAUUGCCUUUCGACCAAGGUGUGUGUUGGCUCUCCGCCAGGUGUCUGGGUGUGUAGUACUGAUAUGAUCCUGACUCUACCCACUGCUCAGAAGAUAUCAUGGGAAGGCUUCUCUGGAGUGCGGGUCAUGUCCUUGCCUGGUGAUGUUUCUUUUGCUGCUAACCAUGGAGUCUACCUCACUGAUACAGAGGGAGGAGUGCGUGAUAUCAUUUAUCGGGGUUCUGAGGAAAGGAUCCGCUCAGCUGUACUACCUGAUGGGAAAGUGCCUCUGGUGUCCGGUCCUGUGUUUUUCUCCAGAUCGGUUUCUGAAAGGUUAUUACAGACUCAUGUUACACCGCCACUGGAUGGCUGCACUUACCUGGGCAUGGACUCAGGCGCUCCACCCCUACAGAUCUCUCUCUUUCUGGAUGUUCUGAUGUGCCUUUGUUCAGAAAUGACUGAAUCAGAGUUUGUGAAUGGAAAGAGAACAGGCUGCAGUUCACCUCUGGGUCCACAAGGGGCAGCAGUGAAGAGUGCUCGUUCUGUGCUGUGGAAAACUUUGAGAGGAGUUCCGCUUUCUCUGGUGUACAUUCCAGAUGGACGCUAUGACUAUCUGACAAUGUCAGGUCGAGAACAUGUUGUACGUCUGACAGACGCAGGAACAGAGAGACAGAUUCUUUCCCACAUACAGGAGAUGCAGUGUGUGAGUGAGGGCAGUAGGGUGAUCAACACGGUGCUGGAAGGUAGCGUGCGUGUUGCAGCAGGGGCAGUAGUGCAACACUGCCACUUACAGGGUCCAAUUCAAGUACAGCCUGGGUGCCUCCUGUCAGGUCUGGAUCUGAACUCAUCAACUUACUUACAGCGCAUGCCUCUGACCAGUGACAUCAUCCUGCAGGGGCACAGGGUGCAGCUGGGAGAACUGAAGUUAACCGUGUUCACAGUGUUGGGUGCUUAUGACAGUUUGGAGGCUCACAGUGAUGAGGCUGCUGGUUCAUUUCUCAACCAAACAUGGAGUCAGUUUUAUAGCCGGACUGGAAUAAAGCCCGAGGAGUUGUGGGCAGCAGAUAGCGGAUUGUGUCGCAGUCUGCUGGAUGCCCGCUUGUUUCCAGUGUUCAUGCCAAAGGGAGGGCCAGUGGGGCUUGAGGGAGUGAGCUUUCUUCUGGGUGGAUCUGGAAGUGCAGAAAGCUGGAGAGCAGCCUGGAGACUUUCCCUCAGAGAGGUUCUGUCUCUGACUGAGCAGCAGGAGGAGCUGCACUGGAGAGAGAAGCUGUUCUUCAGCGCAGGGCGGAGGAGAGCUGAGGACACUCUGAAGGGCCACACUGACCACAACCUGCUGCCUUCCAUCAGAGCUGCAGUGUUGGGUGGCCAGCAGGGGGAGCUAUUGCAAACACUGGACUCUGUGGCGUCGGGCAGCAGUAGUGACCUGGGCAUAGCUGCACGCAGUCUUGCAUGUAUUGCUGAUGUAUUGGGCUGUCUGGCAGGGGAGGGCCGAGGGGGUCUGAGGAGUGGGCCUGCUGCCAACCCCUCUUGGGCCUCUGCCUUCAAUUUGCUGGAGCAGGGCAAACUGGUGGCCGGCGUCCAGGAACUGGCCAAACAGAGAGUCCUCUGGCUUAACAGGCCAGAUCUGCUAGUCCGAGCUGCCAGACACUAUGAGGGGGCUGGGCAGAUACUUCUGAGGAAGGCGGUGAUGUCUGCACAUGAGUUCAUGUUUAUUGGUCAGAGUGAGAUGCCACCAAUGGGAGAGUGGCAGGAAGUGGAGUGUCCUGCCAGACUGGACCUCUCUGGUGGCUGGAGUGAUACCCCCCCCAUUGCAUUCGAGCAUGGAGGUGUGGUGGUGAACGUGGCAGUGAGAGUGGACGGAAAACGGCCAAUUGGGGCCAGAGUCCGCCGCAUUCCAAAACCUCAUUUGGUGCUGGUGAGCACCAGCGGACCUCCAGACUGCAGCGUGACGACAGAAACAGUGUGUGAGGUGCUCGCUGAUCUGGAGGACUACUGCCAGCCACAUGCUCCUGGUGCCCUGUUAAAGGCAGUGUGUGUUUGCAGUGAUGUGGUGUGUGUUUCAUCCUCUCUCUCUCUGGAGCAGCAGUUGCUGCAGCGCUGGGGAGGAGGACUGGAGGUGCACACCUGGUCUCUGCUGCCUCACGGCUCCGGCCUGGGUACAAGCAGUAUCCUUGCGGGUGCUGUCCUGGCAGGUGUGUACAGAUGCACUGGGCGGAGCUAUGACACCAGUUCUCUCAUCCACGCUGUAUUGUAUCUGGAGCAGAUACUCACCACAGGUGGGGGGUGGCAGGACCAGGUGGGGGGGCUGGUAGGAGGGGUAAAGGUGGCGCGGUCACGUGCCACCCUGCCACUUAGAGUGGAUGUGGAGCAGCUCUCUCUUCCCCAGGACUUCCUCUCUGCACUGCAACAGCGCCUCCUGCUGAUCUACACUGGAAAGACUCGUCUGGCCCGCAACCUUUUACAGGAUGUGGUGCGGAAUUGGUACAGUCGUCUACCUGCGAUUGUGCAAAACGCAGAGCAGCUGGUGAGCAAUGCUGAGGACUGUGCUCGUGCUUGCACUGAGGGGUCCCUCUCUGGACUGGGCGCCAGCAUAGACCGUUACUGGCAACAGAAGAAAGCGAUGGCUCCAGGCUGUGAACCAGCUGCGGUGAGAACCAUGAUGAAUGCUCUUCAGCCACUGGCUUUAGGGCAAAGUCUAGCGGGGGCAGGAGGUGGAGGCUUCCUCUUCAUACUCACACGCCAUGCACAACAGGAGGAGACCGUGCGAGAGAUCCUCAACAGCACGCAAGGCCUUGGAGAUUUCACUGUGCACUCAGUGGAGCUGGACAUGGAAGGGAUCACAGUCCUGGAGCAAAGCAGAGAACACGGUCAAUGAAACACACUCACAAAUCAAGCAUUCAGCACCAAGAAUAGAAAAGCAACGUGUGACGGAUGGAUGAGGCCUGUAUUACCAACCAUUGAUGAGUGAUCGACCUCUGCCAAACACUGCCAAGGUGUUGAGGGAGACUUUUUUGAUAAUGUGAAAGAUUUGUCAAGUUCACUAAUGUAACAGAUGAUUUAAUCAUAACUAAUCACAUUAUGCUGUAUGGCUCACUCUGUGUGCCUGUUAAUCCUUAGUAUGUUAGAGAUUGUAAUAGUGAGUGCCAAGCAGGUCUCAUCAAAGGCUAUGGCCUGGAGAAACACAUAUGAAGAGAGACUGAGUUGUAAUCACAUAUUACUGUGUCUGUCUUUUAAAGAAUUUAAGUAACAAAUAAGUAAAUAAAGUUCAGAGGCCUAGGCCUGAUUGUGGCUUUGGCCUGUGAUUAUUUUUUUUUAAGUGUUACUUCUUAGUUUGGAAACAACAGAAGAAUUUUGACAAGAAAAAUAAUGUCAGCAGUUACGUGAAGAAUAAUCAAAGAAACAAUGUAAUCCUAAUUAAGUUCAGUGGGGUUAUAAUAGCAUGUGAUUUGGAGAUAAUGGUGUUAAAGCUAAAAAAGAGGAAAUAUUUAGGAGGGGCAAGGAGAGGUCAGGUGUUGAAAUAGAUCACUGUGUGUAAUGAAUCUAUAUAUGAGUUUCACUUUUUGAAUUGAAUUACUGAAAUAAAUUAACUUUUCGAUGAUAUGCUAA